UUUUUUUUAUCUGUGCUUGAAACUCCACAACUCAACUGAGCCGAGAGAGAGUCUUUUUGAUCACGCUCCCGGGAGGAAGACGAUAAAACCCUCAAUGCUAGAAAAUAAAAUUUUGAUCUAAAACAUAAUUUUAAAAAAAUCAAGGAUAUGUUUGUUAAAAAUUAGAAUAUGAACAGAAACCAUAUUGAACCAUAUUACAGUAUCUGUAAACAGAAAACCCUAGAAAACCGUAUAAUUAAUACCAAACACAAAACUGAACCAAAUCCAGAUUGAACCCUAUAGAUCCAAGCCCUGCAAGAGUCCACCGCCUCUAUAAAUAUAAAGUAUAAUCAGACGGCAGCGUCGCAACAAGGAGCAGAAACCCUAAAAUCACAUCUCGUAUUCUUUGUAUAAUGGCCGAAAAAGUAUCCCUCAAGCAUGAAAUCGACUACAAUCCUAAACCUGAAGACGCAGGAAGAAUCAAAGUCUAUGUGAGUAUCCUAAUAUCGGAAGCUCCUAUAAGAGAUUUUCGACCAGUACUCGCAUUCUCUUUGCCUGCCAAAGAAUUUCGGGAUAGCUUCACGAGGUAUAGAUGGGAACAACUGAAUUGCUUAGAGGAUGAUGAACGUCUCGAUGUCUCUCAGGUUAAUUUAGCGAGGACGGAACUCAGUAGACUUGUCACUCACGUCAUGUUCUACUUUGUUAACUAUCUAGAUUGUAUUCUGUCAAUUUAUAUUACCUUUAAGCCCAUGCGUCGUCCUCCUGCUAUGAUUGUUGAAGAGUAUAUACCAUUGGAAGAGACGAUGAUAUCCGAAGAGGAAGAGGAUAUGCGACUCCCAGUUGAUGAGAGCGUAAUGCACAUCCAAGAGCCUAACUGGAACAUCUUUCACGUAUAGAAAAGGAAACACAACAUCAUUUGUUUCUUUUCCUUUUUUGUUUUGUUUGGUGUUAUGUUUUCUGAUAAAUAAGGUUGAAGCUCGUUUGUGGACUUCAUCAGUUUGGAGGGAUUUAGGGUUUAUCGAGAAGAGACGUUGGGAAGUUA